AUGUCUGUCAUUCUAGCAUCUGCUGGGUACGAUCACACGAUCCGGUUUUGGGAUGCCUUAACAGGAGUGUGUUCCAGGACUAUUCAGCACACAGACUCCCAAGUGAACCGAUUGGAAAUCACUUCUGAUAAGCGCUUCUUAGCUGCUGCAGGAAACCUUAACGUUCGUUUAUAUGAUAUCAAACAGGCAGGCUCUUCUGGAGGUAACACAAUGGGUACUCCUUCUGCUUCUGGAGCUGGAGGCACCGGGAAUGGGAGCAGCUCAAAUUCAAAUCCCGUAAUGACUUUUGAAGGACACAACGGCAAUGUCACACUGAUAGCUUUCCAAAUUGAAAACAAAUGGAUGGUCCUGUCAUCUGAAGAUGGAACAGUGAAGGUUUGGGAUGUUCGUUCCCCUUCGGUUCAAAGAAACUAUAAGCAUUACUGUCCGGUUAAUGAGGUCGUCAUCCAUCCCAACCAAGGUGAACUCAUAAGUUGUGACCAUGAUGGUAACAUUCGAAUCUGGGAUUUGGGAGAGAACCAGUGUACGCAUCAUCUUAUUCCAGAGGAUGAUGUUCCUAUCAAUUCUCUUUCGGUAGCCAGUGACGGAAGCAUGCUUGUGGCUGGAAAUAAUAAAGGCAAUUGCUACGUUUGGAAAAUGCAGAACCAAAAGGACAUUACAUCGUUAACUCCAGCUACUAAGUUCAGGUCUCAUCUGAAGUAUAUCACUAGGGUGGUGCUCCUGACGGACAUGAAGCAUUUAGCUACUUGCUCUGCGGACCACACAGCUAGAAUUUGGCUGACAGAGCAGAACUUUGCAUUAGAAACCACAUUACAAGGACAUCAAAGGUGGGUGUGGGACUGUGCGUUUAGUGCUGACAGUGCUUACUUGGUGACCGCAUGCUCUGAUCACUAUGUUCGUCUUUGGGACCUCUCCAACAGUGAAACUGUUAGACAUUACAAUGGUCACCAUAAAGGAGCAGUUUGUGUUGCAUUGAAUGAUGUUUAA